UCAAAAUACAUGCACACAAUACUUCCGCCCAACAUUUCUCUAACAUCUUUGUCCUCACCUUGUCGCAUCAAUUCGAAGUCACAAACACUGAGAAAUAACUUGGUAAAGCCAUACGUCUAGGAAAUAACUUGUCGCCAUGGCUCUGCGGCAGUCUGCGACGAAGCUCUCGAGGAGCAUCUCGCGACCGGGCCAAUCGGCAGCGUCACUCUUCCUGCCCAAGAGCCUUGCCCAAGCAGCAAGAUGUAUGGCCACAGCUCAUACGCCUCCGGUCACACAGAACUCUGCAGGAUCCAAAGGGCCAACAGCAAUGGUCUUCUUGAAUAUGGGCGGUCCCUCCACCACAGAUGAGGUGGGGGACUUCCUCAGCCGGCUCUUCGCUGAUGGCGAUCUUAUUCCCCUCGGGAGGCUACAAAACUACAUCGGACCCUUGAUUUCGAAACGCCGUACGCCCAAGAUCCAAAAACAAUACGCCGACAUUGGCGGCGGCUCCCCCAUCCGAAAGUGGUCUGAAUAUCAAAACGCAGAAAUGUGUAAGAUCCUCGACGAGAUUCACCCCGAAACAGCGCCACAUAAACCCUACGUCGCCUUCCGCUACGCAGAUCCUCUGACCGAGGAAAUGUACAACAAGUUGUUCGAAGAUGGAUUCGGCAAGGGGCGGGGCGGGCGUGCGGUGGCCUUCACGCAGUAUCCACAGUACUCAUGUUCGACGACCGGCAGCUCGCUGAAUGAGCUCUGGAAAUGGCGGCAGAGACUGGAGAAGCAAGACGACCAGUGCGCAAUACAAUGGAGUGUAAUUGAUAGAUGGCCAGUACAUCCAGGGCUGGUGGAAGCUUUUGCGAAGAAUAUUGAGGACAAGCUGUUGGAGUACCCACCGGAAAGACGGGAUAAGGUCGUGCUGCUGUAUUCUGCGCACAGCCUGCCCAUGUCGGUUGUAAACCGAGGUGACCCGUAUCCUGCCGAGGUGGCAGCAACCGUCUACGCGGUUCAGCAGCGUCUAGGGUUCUCUAAUCAGUACCGAUUGUGCUGGCAGUCACAGGUUGGACCACAGCCGUGGCUGGGUCCUCAGACGGCUAGCUCGGUGGAAGAGUUUGUGCACAAGGGCCAGAAAGAUCUCAUCUUAAUCCCGAUCGCAUUUACGUCUGACCACAUCGAGACGUUGUACGAGCUGGACAAGGAGGUGAUAGGGGACUCGGGCUCCCCGGAGACGGUCAAGCGGGCCGAGAGUCUGAACGGCAGCCCCAUCUUCAUCAAAGCACUGGCAGACAUCGCGAAGACGCACCUGGACAGCGGGAUCACCAGCUCGAAGCAGAUGGGGCUGAGGUGCCCGGGCUGCAAGAGCGAGAGGUGUCUCGAGUCGAAGAAGUUUUUUGCCGGAGAGGGCUGCGUCCCAGCAUGAUUGGCUUCAUCUGCCUGUGUUACAUAUAUACAUGUCUGUCUAAUUGUGUGUGUACAUAUUCAGUAGUAUGUGUCAUUGGACACGCAUUGAGAUGGUGGGUAAUGGACUGUUUUGAGAUUUUUUGGGAAAGGUUUGGCAAAAAGGAAAACGCAGAGGGUCACAAUCUUCGAAAAUCGAGGUCUCCUGCGAUCAU